AUGUCUCUUGCUCGCUGUGGGCGUCUUGCUCGCCUCUCCCUCGGGAGUGUUCGCACCACCGCCAUCUCCCCUCGCGCCUUCGUUUCUAGAUCCGCCCCUCUCGUGCGGGGAGUAUCAUCAUUCAAUCGAGAUGCCCAGCAAAAGCUGCUCUCAUCCUCCCUGCAGGAUUCGGACCCGGCCAUUUACAACAUUCUGGAGAAGGAAAAAAACCGCCAGAAGCACUUUAUCAACUUGAUUCCCUCUGAAAACUUUACAUCACAAGCUGUUCUCGAUGCCCUAGGCAGUGUGAUGCAGAACAAGUACUCCGAGGGAUACCCCGGCGCCCGAUACUAUGGUGGAAAUGAGCACAUUGAUGCUUCCGAGCGCCUGUGCCAACAGCGCGCGCUGGAGACCUUCCGUCUCAACCCGGAGGAGUGGGGUGUGAACGUGCAGCCCUUGUCCGGCUCGCCCGCUAACCUCUACGCUUACUCGGCUUUGCUGAACACCCACGACCGCCUCAUGGGUCUGGACCUGCCCCACGGUGGUCACCUGUCCCACGGUUACCAGACUCCGACUAAGAAGAUUUCUGCCAUCUCCAAAUACUUCGAGACCCUGCCCUACCGCCUGGAUGAGUCUACCGGCCUGAUUGAUUAUGAUGCCCUGGAGAAGCAAGCUCAGUUAUACCGUCCCAAGCUGAUUGUGGCCGGUGCUUCUGCAUACAGCCGUCUCGUCGACUACCCCCGCAUGCGCGCGAUCGCUGACUCCGUGGGCGCAUACCUGUUGACUGAUAUGGCCCACAUCUCCGGUCUUGUUGCGGCUGACGUGAUGCCAUCUCCAUUCCCCUACUCCGAUGUGGUGACUACCACCACUCACAAGUCUCUGCGCGGUCCCCGUGGUGCUAUGAUCUUCUACCGUAAGGGUCUGCGUCGCACUGACAAGAAGGGAAACAAGGAGAUGUACGAUCUAGAGAACCCUAUCAAUGCCUCCGUUUUCCCCGGCCACCAAGGUGGUCCCCACAACCACACCAUCACCGCGCUGGCCGUGGCCCUUAAGCAGGCUCAGUCUGCUGACUUCAAGGAGUACCAGACGGCCGUUCUCGCCAACGCACAGGCGCUGGCUGAGCGACUUGGUGAGUCUACCAGCAAUGGUGGCCUUGGAUACAACAUCGUCUCCGGUGGUACCGAUAACCACCUGAUUCUGGUCGACCUGAAGAACCGUGGUGUGGAUGGUGCCCGUGUCGAGCGGGUGCUGGAGCUGUGUGGUGUUGCUAGCAACAAAAACACUGUGCCGGGCGAUAAGUCGGCCCUUAAGCCCGGUGGUCUGCGUAUCGGUACCCCGGCCAUGACCUCCCGCGGCUUCCAGCCUGAGGACUUCCGCCGGGUCGCUGACAUUGUUGACCGCGUUGUCACCUUGACCCAGAAGCUGGACAAGGCUGCCCGUGAGCAAGCCCAGUCUCGUGGAGCUAAGAACCCCAAUACCCUCAAGGCAUUCUUUGAGUUCCUGGGUGAGGGCGAGGAGGUCUCAGAGAUUGUUCUGCUGCGGCAGGAGGUGGAGGAUUGGGUGGGCACAUUCAGCCUGCCUUGGGCCAAGGACCAGUAG